AUGGGCUGUGCUGGGGUCCCCCUGCUGCUGGUGCUGCUGGUGGGGGUGCUGUCGUGGAUCCCUGGAAGCGAAGGGGGUCAGGAGCCCCCUGUCCAAUGGAAGUCCGACUGCCACUUCUUCAACGGGACGCAGCAGGUGCGAUUCCUGUUCAGGUACUUCUACGACCGGCAGGAGUUUGUCUGCUUCGACAGCGACGUCGGGAAGUUCGUGGCCGUCACCCCGCUGGGGCAGCUCUCGGCCGACUAUUGGAACAGCCGCCAGGACUAUCUGCAGGACAAGAGGGCUGAAGUGGAUCGCUUCUGCCGGCACAACUACGAGGUGGCCAAGACGGGGCUUGUGGUUGGCCGGAGAGCCAAGCCCACCGUCACCAUCUCCCCCACCAAGACGGACCCCGGUUCCCCCAACACCAUCCUCCUCUGCACCGCGACCGGCUUCUACCCCCUGGAGAUCGACGUCCAGUGGCUGAAGAACGGGCGGCCGGAGAAGGAGGGCGUCGCCUUCGGGGAGGAGCUCCAGAGCGGGGACUGGACCUACCAGCUCCAGGUGCUUCUGGAGACCCAUCCCCAGCGUGGGGACGUCUACGCUUGCGAGGUGGGGCAC